AUGGCCCACCCUCUGCUAGAGUUCGGACAGUAUACGUCCUUUCUCUCGCCGACACAAUUCGUCACGGCCCUACAAAGGGCACCUCCAUCCCCGCGCAUCAUUCCAGUGGCCGCGGGGCGCGCUGCCCAGCAUGGCGAGUCGUUAAGGAGACAGCAUAUUCCGGGAUCUGUCCUUUUCGAUAUGGACAUCAUCCGCGACAACUCCUCUCCCUACCCCCAAAUGCUCCCUAGCGCAUCGCAUUUCGCCGACUCCGUUAGCCAACUCGGAAUCACCCCUGAUGACGUCGUGGUGGUUUACGAUCCGUUCGAAGUGGGCUUCUACAGUGCCCCGCGCGUCGCAUGGAUGUUUCGAUUAUUUGGUCAUACUCGGGUGUACGUGUUGAAUAACUUCCGGUUAUACGUGGGCGAGGGGCACCCGGUGGCACAAGGGGAGAUACACAUGCCGGAGCGGAGUGAAUACCCGGUACGCGGCAUGGAUGAAAGCAAAGUCAUCGCGUUUGAACAAUUGAAGGAUAUGAUACAACAAGGAACAGGUGCAGAUGUGCAGAUCCUCGAUGCACGGGUUCCCGGUCGAUUCACCGGUUUUGACCCAGAGGCGAAUGCAGCAUUGAGCUCGGGGCAUAUGCCUAAGUCGAUUAAUGUUCCUCUUGCGUCGAUGUUGGACACAGAGGCGCAGACUAUGCUCCCUGCAAUUCAGUUAAAGGGACUAUUCGCAGCUGCUGGUGUCGACCCCGUCAAGCCCAAGAUCCUGACCUGUAACUCCGGAGUGACGGCCGCGGCUCUCGACAUGGCCCUGUCAGAAUCCAAAUUCGACGAAGCACCGCGGAGGAUCUACGAUGGGAGCUGGUCAGAAUGGGCUCUACGCGCUGGGCCAGAUGAUGGGUUAAUUGAGAAAUCAGUUUCGUAA